AUGGCCUCUUCAUAUGACGCUUGCAUUCAGGAUCUUGCCAGCAUAUUGGGCUACUCAAACACAGAUGCCUUUGCGCAAUUGUGCAAAUUGUCGGGUGUGACUGUAGACGACAAGGUAACUGAGCUGCGGGAAGCACUUGUGGAUCUGGAGCUACAGCAGGCAGUUAGUGAUCUCAUUCAACAAGAAGCGAACACUGCGUAUCAGGUGAAUCUAGGCGAGCAAUGCGUAUGUCCCAUCGAGAAGGAGCUAAACGAGCACGACGAACUCAAAGGACUUCACAAGGCCGACGAGCAGUCGCGUCUGCAGGAGAUCGAGUUUGAAAACUGGUGCUUGGACAAUAACGCGGACCCAAAAUCGGCGCAUCAAGGCCACUUUAAAGCUUUUCUGGCUCAAAAGGACUUCCCGGCUUGGUUUGAGUAUGACCCUCGGGAGUACCCUGGUCUGAACGCUCUUGCUGCUUACAUGUCUUUACAAGAAGUAAAGCGUGGUGAGUACUACUUUGCUCUUCCGCCAAGCGGGCAGGAAUACGCUCGUCAUAUGCUGGACAAAACUUAUGCUCGCACUCGUAAUGCUGGCAGGUUUGAAGUCGGUAAGCUGAUCGGUGGCCGUUGGAGUAUCAUUUCUGCCAUGGCCGAAGUUGAAGGGUCCUUCAAUUGCGGUAUCUACCUGGUCAAAGAUGAGCACGACAAAUCUGGUGAGCGUAAUGGCAUCAUGAAGUUGCUACCAACUGAGGCACUCGACCCUCAAUAUGCUCGGCGCGAGAUCGAUGUGCAAGCACAGCUGAAGCAUCACAAUAUCGUUGAGCUGCGUGAUGCUGACAAAGGGAACCAUCGCCACGAUACGCCUUUCAUGGUGACGGAGUUCUGCGACAAGAAGACACUUGGCGAUAUAGUACGCCUGUACAGAGACAACGGACAGUGGUUGCCGGAACUUUUCAUCUGGCAAGUACUGAUCAGUCUCGCCCGGGCAGUGCAAUACUGCCACAAAGGUCCCACAUCAGGUAAGUCUUGGGACAGUAUCACCCAUCGGGACGUGAUCUUGCACAACAUCUUCAUUCAUUCCAGUGGCCGUGAGCUAAGAGACCGCUACCCCUACACAAUCAAGCUUGGUGAUUGGGGCUGUGGUGUGGCUCAGUCAGAGUGGACUCGGCAUAAUUUGAAGGUACGCGAUCUUCCUUGUGUCGAUCUCAGCUACGAUCCUCCAGAGACUGCAUUGCCGACAGAAGCUACUGACAUCUAUCAGAUCGGAGUGGUACUGUUGUGCCUUUCCCGCUUGGAAGAGAGACCGUCUCGUAGCUUUGCUCAGAUGUCUUACGCGCAUGAUGCUAACUUGCCAGGUUACUCCAAGGUCUUGUGCAAUGUCAUCUUCAGAUUGAUUAGCCCUAUUGCAGGAGAGCGACCAAGUUCUGGCGAUCUGGUCUAUAUUGCAUAUCACCAUCAGGCGAAGCUGCGGGCAGGCGGGCUUCUGCCGCACACCGAGCUCUUGCUUGAUGUUCAACUCUAG